AUGGGCAUGGGGAAAGUAGGAUUUUAUUACCCCGGGGCUGACCGCCUCAUCUACCCAUCGUCAUUUCUUUUUCUUCUGUUUCUCGGCACACUCUCGUCCCUGUGCCAAAUAGGUCACAGUCAGGUGCAUACACCACAGUGCCGCAUCCAGAAGUGCACCACCGAUUUUGUUUCGCUCACUUCCCACCUGAACCCGUCUGUGGAUGGCUUCGACGCGGAAUUCUGCAAGGCCCUCCGCGCCUACUCCGCGUGUACCCAGCGUACCGCCAAGAGCUGCCGUGGCAACCUGGUCUUCCACUCGGCCGUGCUGGGUAUCAGCGACCUCAUGAGCCAGAGGAAUUGCUCCAAGGACGGACCCACCUCCUCCACCCACCCAGAGACCACCGUAGAGCCCUGUAACUACCACAGCCGCCAUCACAGCCCCCGCCCGGGUUCCCCGGGAUCGCCCGAGCACGUCCGGCCAACGUACCUUUUCUGUGGUCUCUUCGGAGACCCCCACCUCAGGACAUUUAGGGAUCAUUUUCAGACCUGCAAGGUCGAGGGUGCGUGGCCCCUCAUUGACAACAAUUACCUGUCUGUUCAGGUCACAAAUGUACCUGUGGUGAUUGGAUCCAGUGCCACAGCAACCAAUAAGAUUACGAUAAUCUUCAAACCGUACCAGGAUUGCACUGAUCAGAAAGUGUACCAGGCCGUGAGCGAUGACCUGCCUGCGGCCUUCGUGGACGGCACCGUCAUCGGGGGGGACAGCGAGACCCGCAGCCUGUGGAUCUUGGAGAAAUCGGCGGGGCGCCACGUGGAAAUCCACGCCGCCUACAUCGGCGUCACCAUCAUCGUACGUCAGCCGGGCCGCUACCUGACGCUGGCCGUCCGCAUGCCCGAGGAACUCGCCAUGGCCUUCGACGAGUCGCAAGACCUCCAGCUCUGCAUGAACGGAUGCCCCACCAUGGAACGCAUCGACCAGGAGGGACACCUUCAGCUGCCCGUUCUGGGCCUCCAGCAAGCCAGCAUCCAGCAGCAGUCCCGGACGAACCCCGGGCACCAGCGCGCGGGCUUCAGCCUGGAGGGCGCCAUGGCCAAGUGUCGCGAACAGUUGGAAGUGAAAGACAUUUACUUCCACUCGUGCGUGUUUGACCUCCUGACCACCGGGGACGUUAACUUCACCUCCGCCGCUUAUAACGCCCUCAAAGACAUGGAAGCUCUUCAUCCCAAGAGGGAACGCUGGCACAUUUUCCCACGCUCAAACGCUGGAUCCGUAUCCGUACCGUCGCUUUUGAGCGUGCUGUUACUUCUCGGUCUCGUCCUCGAGCUUUUGUGA